AUGUCAAUGUUCAGGUCAGCCGCAGAUCUAUCCUCAUCAGAGCCUGACUCCGAUGGAGAUGAAGAUGCAUCUCAUGAUCACGAGUCUUCAUCACAUGAGGCAAGACCUAGUCACGGUUUUCGCCGGACAAGUCAUAACAGGGAGGCCGACGAGCCAUCUAAAAAGAUAGAUCCGGCAGGCAGUUACUCGGAAAACUCCCUUUCUCUUGAAGAGGCGUCUAUCCCAUCCCUGGACACCAUCGACAUCAAUGCAGACCACCACGCCAACAUGAUGACAUCUGCCCUACUAGAGUUCUAUUGUCAAAGCCGUGCAGCAGAUAUUCUCAAUGCGCAACCCGGAUCGACUAAAACCUACACGAAGCAAUCUCCGGAAGCUCAGUACCUUGGGAAGAAGUUGUACAAGUACCAGUCCCAAAUCCUGUCUAAACAUGGCCUGGUUGCAGAUGGAGCCCACGAAGAGAGGCUGGGGGCUACUAGGAAAGAAUAUCGGGACCGUCUUGAUAUGCUCGGACUCUCCGCUCUCGAAGGUCUCAAUCUCGGUGAGCCCGGUGUUCGGUCACCGAUCGAAGGUGGAGAGGAUCGAGAACUCGCUCUUGUUUCCAGAAAUAUUCAAGGAAUUGCUAUUCCUGAAAGCACAACUCCAGUAUGGCCAAGGGAUGGGGCCGAUGGCAAUUUUGGGAGGCAUCUUCCCUCGAUCGGCAACUUCGAUGUUCUCGAUAGCACACCAGGCGUACCGAAUCCUUCACGCCCGCUCUUCGGAAGCUCACCAGUAGGAAUCUCACUCUUUCCGCAACCGUCAGCUCCAUCAUUGAACAAUAUGUCUCGCUAUUCCGUCGAAUUUAGCGAGCUCAAAAUGCUGGGACGAGGCUCUUUCGGCGAAGUCUAUCAUGUCAAGAAUCAUAUUGACUCACAAGAUUAUGCUUUGAAAAAGGUGCCAAUCUCGCAAAGGCGCCUCGAUCAAUUGCAAUAUGGCGGACAGAAUCAACUGGAAACCAUCAUGAAAGAAAUUCGAACUCUUGCUAGGUUGGAGCAUUCGAAUGUUGUUCGGUACUACGGGGCAUGGGUCGAACAAGCACACGUCUCAAGCCACAGCCCUUUCGAACAACCCCCGCACCCGCGCUAUGAACCCUCCGAGGAACCCCUACCUAGCCAAGGGACCGUUAAUGAACCCAGCAUGGGAAUUGUAUUCGAGAACUCCGAAAGCUCUAUGGCAGAUUCGCACCCGAACUCCUACCCCGAGGAUCAAGGAUCUUCCAAUAGGAUUAGACGUUGGGAUAGCCAUGCGACAUCAUCAUCUCGACACUCCAAGAAGAGUUCCGGAACUGGAUGGGAAGACGAUGAGGAUAUCGAGUCCAUCCCUCGGAAUUUCGACAACCCCUCUCAUGGACAAACAUCAACUUUCGGAGAGACCGAUGAUAUUUUCACCGACGGACUAAGUCAAGAUCAUUCUAAGCUACAAGUCCAGCGUCAGUGCCGGCCAGGGAACCAGGCCCCAGCUGUGAUUCUUCAUAUCCAAAUGUCGCUCCACCCUAUCUCUCUCAGCUCCUAUUUAAAUCCUCACGCUGCAGCCAAAUACAACGAAAACGACUGCACGCCAUCGCGACGGCACUGUUUCCAUCUGAUGCCAUCAUUGAAGUUGUUUCUCGAUAUUCUUUCGGGUGUCGAGUAUCUUCAUUCCCAGAAUAUUGUGCAUCGGGAUUUGAAGCCCGCGAAUAUUUUCUUGUCUUUGCCACAAAACAGCAAAACAGACACAUGCAUUCCGUGUUACUCGGAACCAAACUCCCCCUCGCAGUUCUGCCACCCCCGAAUCGGUGACUUUGGUCUCGUGGCAGAUAUCUCCCAUCUCAAUACACCCGCUUCGGAAGGAACCGUGACUCCCUUCCAUCGCACCCCGAAGAUUCAGCGCGUGGUGGGAACGGAGUUUUAUCGACCACCUGCUAGCACCGAUAAUAGUGACACGCCAGGCUAUUUUGAUGAAUACAAGAUCGACGAGAAAUUGGAUGUAUUUGCCCUUGGCGUCAUUCUCUUCGAGCUCGUCUACCAACUAAAUACUAAAAUGGAGCGCCAACUCGUGUUGAACCAAUUGACCCGAUCAAUCUCCUUCCCGGAUGACUUUGCUUCCAAGGUUGAUCAUGGUGAGACAAAGCUGGAUAUUGGCGUUAUCGUCGCUGACUCCUUGAUGACCUGUAUUAAGGGAAUGUUAUGUCCGCAAUCGCUUCAUCGGUGGAGCUGCCAGGAUGUGAAGGAUCAACUACGACAAAUCUACAAAGCUGUAAAAAGGCUAGAGACACGUCACAGCUCAAAAUGA